AAGGACGCCUUUAAGACGCGUGCAGCCAUAGCAGUCACGGUAGGAGGUCCCCGCCUCGUCCAGGCCCGAGAAAAUGAAUCCCGUCUAGACAGCGACCACCUGGGCCAGUCACCUUGGCUUGUGAUCCACGUAUACCUGCCUGGUGACUUGCUUCCAAGGCCAUUCCCUUUCAGUGACUUACUGGUGUUGACAGAACUUUCAAUGGACUCAUUGGUAUUUGAAGAUGUGGCCAUCGACUUUACACAGGAAGAGUGGGCCUUGCUGGAUUUUUCUCAAAGGAAACUUUACAGAGACGUAAUGGUGGAAACAUUCAGGAACCUGGAUUCGAUCUCUUCGCAGGGUAAUGAUGGACAAAAGUGCAAUGAGCAUACAGUGAAGCAAUUCAUGAAGAAUGACUCCUGGUUGUCCAUGUUAGGAGAAAUCUGUGAAUUCCUUGGGAAUGAAAAUUAUGUCAACCAGGAAUGGCCUUUGAGAAAAUGUAUGAUAGAGAAUUUCCAUACAAGCAAAGAAGAUAAUGUGAAGAAAUAUAAAGAGGAUGAUCAGUGUGGAAAACUUUUCAAUUGGACUGAAAAUCUUUCUAGGGUCAAGGAAACUCCUGCCAGUGUAAAUCCUUUAGAAUUUCAUGAGAGAGGUGGUCAUACAUUGAAUCAUUGCAUCAGAUCUCACACUUGUAUGAUUUAUGGAGAAACUUACAGUUGUCUGUCUUAUCUGAAACCUCAUUCAAAAGAGGAAUUUUGUAACUGCGUAGCUUUUGGGAAACCUUGUAGUUGUUCAUCAUCCUUCACUAAAUAUAAAAGAACUCACAGUGCAGAUAUACUUUAUGAAUGUAAGGAAUGUGAGAAAGCCUUUAAUCAUUCCUCAACACUUACUGAUCAUACAAGAAUUCACAGUGGAGACCGGCCUUAUGAAUGUAAAGAAUGUGGGAAAACAUUUGUUUAUGCUUCAUCUCUUGCUAAACAUAAAAGAACCCACAGUGGAGAGAGGCCUUAUGAAUGCAAAGAAUGUGGGAAGGCCUUUUGUAGCCCCUCAGCACUUUCUGAGCAUACAAGAAUUCACAGUGGAGAGCGGCCUUAUGGAUGUAAACAAUGUGGGAAGGCAUUUAUUAAUGCUUCAGCCCUUGCUAAACAUACAAGAACUCACAGUGCAGAGAGGCCUUAUGAAUGUAAAGAAUGUGGGAAAGCCUUUAGUCUCUACUCACACCUCACUGAACAUAAAAGAACUCACAGUGGAGAGAAGCCUUAUAAAUGUAAUGAAUGCGGGAAAGCUUUUAGUCGUCUCUCAAUACUAUCUGAUCAUAUAAGAACUCACAGUGGGGAGAAACCUUAUAAAUGUAAGGAAUGUGGGAAAGCCUUUUGUCAUCCCUCAGCACUUACUGAACACACUAGAAUUCACAGUGGGGAGAGGCCUUAUGAAUGUAAAGUGUGUGGGAAAGCAUUUAUUUAUACUUCAUCCCUGGUUAAACAUAGAAGAACUCACAGUGGAGAGAGGCCUUAUGAGUGUAAAGAAUGUGGAAAAGCAUUUACUCAGUAUGCACACCUUACCGUACAUAAGAGAACACACAGUGGAGAGAGGCCGUAUGAAUGUAAAGAAUGUGGGAAAGCCUUCACUCAGUACUCACACCUAACUGAACACAGAAGAACACACAGUGGAGAAAGGCCUUAUGAAUGUAAGCAGUGUGGGAAAGCUUUUAGUCGUCUGUCAGCACUUACUAAUCAUACAAGAAUUCACAAUGGGGAGAGACGUUACAAGUGUAAAGAAUGUGAGAAAGCCUUUACUCAGUACUCACACUUAAUUGAACACAGAAGAACACAGUGUGGAGAGGUCUUAUGGAUGUAAGGAAUGUGGAAAAACCUUUAGUCAUCUCUCAGCACUUACUGAUCAUAUAAGAAUUCACAGUGAAGACAGGUAUUAUGAAUGUAAAGAAUAUGGGAGAGCCUGUAGUCAAGUUCUUCAUGCCUCAAACAUAAAAGAACACAUAGAGAAACCUUGUAGAUGUAGGGGAUUGUUAACAUUUAUAUAGGCCAUAUCUCACACAACACUAUAAGUAACUCAGUUCAAAGAGGCUCUGUAUAAAGGGAUAUGAGAAAGCUUUUGUUAUUCAUCAAGGAACACGUGUAGAAUUAUUAACAAGUGUGGUAGAGAAUGAAUUCCUUUCACAUGCCGCACUAGGCAUAUAAGCACUCCCAGCUGACUGUGUAAGGAAUGAAAGAAACUGCAGUUUCCCCUGAGUUUCCCAAAGAUGUGUGAGAAUAUCCAUCAGAAAAAAGACAUGUAGACACAGGUUGGGAAACUUGGAGUCAUACCUUUGCAAAACCUAAAAGAAAGUGUGUGUGAUAGAUAACCAAGUAUUGUAAAGAAAAUGUUAGGAAAGUUUUUACUUCCAGUCCUUUCCAAGGUGGUGAAGAUUCACACACAGAUCAAAGUCUUCACUAAUUAAAUCUCCUCAAUAUAUGAAAAUUCUCAUGUAAAAUAAACCAUUAUGUAACAGAUCAAUGGUGUUUUAGAGUUCUUACAAAACAUAAGCUAUAACACUGUAGAUUGUGCCUAUUGAAUGUAAAAAAGAGGAAAUUUUUAGUGUCCCUUUUUUCUCAGUACCCUUAUGAGAUCUCACAGAUAAGCUCUGGGAUUGGAAGCAAAUUACCCUUUUAAUUGUAUCACUUGACUUUGAAUGCCCAUCAAAAUGUCAUUUUACUUUUGUUAUAUUCAAAUUGCCUUGAUUGGAAAAUUGUCGACCUUUAUUUUUGAAGUUUUUUUACUUUUUCACGUUCUAAUGUAUUAUCAAAUUUUUAGUUUAACAACAUCAUUAAAAACCACAGACCCAACUUAGUAUCCCA